AUGAGCUGGACCCUGCCUGCUGCCCUCUGUCUGCUGCCAGAAGCCGGUACGUCCACGGUGGCUCCGCCCUCCGCACGACGAUACAGAGGAGCCCCGGAGAACGCACCAUCUACCGGACACAAUCCACCCCACCUGUCCGAUGAGCUGUUCGUCCUCAGUGCAGGUCAACGGGUAAAGAACAGGCAAAGCACGAUGGCGGCCUUCCUUCAUCGCUGUCCUUUCCUGAAGUCAGCUCCCAAGCCAGCUUUAAGGAGAACAGGAGUGGCUCUGCUGUCUCUGGCAGACCGGUGCCCCAUCAUUGCUCGGCAAAUCACUGUGAUCGGCCCGAGCUCGCUGGAGGCCAAUCAGAGCGCCUCUCUCCUCAGACCCAAGAGUGGCCGACAUCCCUGGGUGGACCAAACGAAGCUCUUUGCUCAGACCGCCACUAACGUGGCUGUGUCUGUGUCCAAGAAGUGCCCUUUUGUCACCUCUCAGAUCGGCGUGGUCCAAGCCAGCCCUGAUGUCCAGGAGGAUGUCCGAGAUGGGUUGAUGACAUCUUUGUGGAAAGGUUUAAAAGAUUCUGUGUGUCCACCAGCGCCUGAAAACACCCCUGUGACCCACCUCCUGAACGACAACAUUGUUGGCCCAGCCUACGACUACGAUCGCUUCUUCACGGAGAAGUUAGCUGAAAAAAAGAAGGACCACACAUACAGGGUCUUCAAGACGGUGAACAGGAGUGCCACGAACUUCCCUUUCGCGGAGGAUUACUCGUUCGCCGGGCGGGAGGGCUCUCAGGUGUCUGUCUGGUGCAGCAAUGACUAUCUGGGAAUGAGUCGCCAUCCGAGGGUCCUCGGGGCUAUAAGAGAUACUUUGGAGAUGCACGGUGCGGGAGCAGGCGGGACCAGGAACAUCUCUGGCACCAGCAACUUCCACGUGUCUCUGGAGAAGGAACUCGCCCAGCUCCACCAGAAAGACGCCUCGUUGGUGUUCUCCUCCUGCUUCGUGGCAAACGAUUCAACGCUCUUCACUCUGGCCAAGAUGCUUCCAGGCUGCGAGAUCUACUCUGAUGCUGGGAACCACGCGUCGAUGAUUCAGGGCAUCAGGAACAGCGGAGCCAAGCGCUUCAUCUUCCGCCAUAAUGACAGCCGACACCUGGAGGAGCUGCUCAAGCGCUCUGACCCCAAGACGCCGAAAAUAGUGGCGUUUGAGACAGUGCACUCGAUGGAUGGAGCCAUAUGUCCUCUGGAAGAGCUGUGUGAUGUAGCCCAUCGUUAUGGAGCUCUGACGUUUGUGGAUGAAGUUCACGCCGUGGGUCUGUACGGAGCCCAUGGAGCCGGAGUGGGCGAGAGGGACAACGUCAUGCACAAGAUUGACAUAGUUUCCGGGACCUUAGGCAAAGCUUUUGGUUGUGUGGGAGGAUACAUUGCCAGCAGCGCCGCCCUGGUGGACACCGUGCGCUCCUACGCAGCUGGCUUCAUCUUCACAACAGCCCUGCCCCCAUUUGUCCUUGCUGGAGCUCUGGAGUCUGUGCGAGUCCUGAAGAGUCCUGAGGGGCAGGGACUCCGCAGAGCCCACCAGAGAAAUGUGAAACUCAUGAGGCAGCUGCUCAUGGACAAAGGCCUACCUGUGGUCAACUGCCCCAGCCACAUCAUCCCCAUAUGGGUUGGCAAAGCAGAGCUGAACACCAAAGUGUGCGAUUCUUUGCUGGAGAGACACAACAUCUAUGUCCAGGCCAUCAACUACCCCACAGUGCCUCGUGGUGAGGAGCUGCUGCGCCUGGCUCCGUCUCCUCAUCACCACCCUGACAUGAUGGAGUACUUUGUUGAGAAACUGGUGGAGGUGUGGCAGGAGGCAGGUCUGCCAAUCAACAGUCCAGCCACGGCCUCCUGCACCUUCUGUGACCGCCCACUGCACUUUGACCUCAUGAGUGAGUGGGAGAAAUCCUACUUUGGCAACAUGGAACCGCAUUAUAUUACUGUGUCUGCUUAAGGGCAAGGUUCAUGUCCCGUGGGAGCACAACCAGCUAACUGGUUGUCUUUUGUUGCUAAAUGAUAAGAGUCCUAUAUCAGAGAGUCAGACUUGAAGAGAAGCUCACGGGCAUUGUGUUUAAUCAUUUAAUGGCUUUGAUUUGACCAAAAUAAACAAUUGAUUCAUGUUAUCCUGUAUUUCUGCAUUCUAAGUUGUGUUUGCUGCAAUGAAUAUGAUUAAACAUUUGAAAAAUAUUUUCAAAAGCAAGAGGCCUGCACAUUUGACACUUUUUAAUCCUUUUAUGGAGAAAUGGUAGUUUGACUUACAGCAUUUAGUGUUGCAAGAUGUAGCUCAUAGAGUAUAAAAACAUAUUUAUUAUUUGUUUGUUUUUUCAUUUCCAUAUUAAUUGAUUAAAUAAUCAAUUAGUUUAAUUAUUUAUUUAUUUAUUUA